CAGGGGUUGUGCUGCUGUGGGCAUCUCCUGUCCUGUCGAACGUUAGCCAUGCACAAGGUCCUCCUGGCUCUGGCGUUUGCGCUGCUGCUGUCUGAGAUGAGGCUGGAAAGUGAAGCCAGGACCCCCCCAUAUGGUGUCAAACUCUGUGGCAGGGAGUUCAUCCGGGCAGUCAUCUUCACUUGUGGAGGAUCCCGGUGGAGACGAGCAGGAAAUCUUGGUGCCCUCCCUGGAGGAGAUUCUGCAGAAGACUUUGUUGCAACUUCAUCCAAGGAAUGGGAGAUCGUCCGAGGGGCCCCCAAAGACCUAUCUGACUAUUAUGGGGGUUGGCGGGAACAGGAGAGCCACAGCCCCCUGGAAGAAACCUGGGCUUUGGACCGUGGAGCUCGAGACGUUAUGGCUGGACUGAGCAAUGCCUGCUGUAAGUGGGGCUGUAGCAAAAGUGAAAUCAGCUCCCUGUGCUAAAACGCCGGCUUGUAUGUUUGUGUCUGCCUGUGAAUGUGCUCAGUAAAAAAAGGAAGUAUGUAUAAAUAUUUUGUGAGCACAAAGCUUAGAACAUGAGAGUCUAAAUGCAUGUUUAGCUGGCCAAGGUAUUCAUGAUUAAACAUCCACUCCUUUCAUGUUAGGAGUUGUUUCCCAAGAAUUUCUGAUUCCCAGCACAUUGUUAUCACGUGCUAACAGCAAGGGUCUUGUGGCACUCAUGUGAGCAAUUCCAGAUAUCUAGUGGUCUCCUGUGCUCCUGGAGGCAAUCUGGUGGGGCCACUGUGAGAUACAGGAAGCUGGACUAGGUGGUCCCUUGGCCUGAUCCAGCAGGGCUCUUCUUAUGUCCUUACACAUUUUUGGUGAACUGUUAUCAUAGUGAUGAACUCCGAUUACAAGUAGGGAGUGACGGGCAUCUCCCAAUCAGUUUCCCUGUUAUCCAGACCUUGGAAAACUCAAUUUUCCAAGGUCUGGAUAAGAUCUCCUAGAAUCCCAUGGCCAACAUGGCUAUUAUUUGAGAGGUUCUGGCAGCAGUUGUUCAAAAUAAAUUAACCCUUCCAAGCUCUGUUAUUACUACAUGGUGUUCCUGACCCCACAACUGUUAUUGGCAAACCUAGUAUUUCUUUUUCCAGACACAUUACAGCAGUGGAAUGAUAAAGGUACCUGAUGUCAUGGGAGAUGUCAUGUGUGGUAGCACAUCAGGUGCUUAUAGGGAGGCAUGAUGCAUUGAGGGAGUUGAGUUUGUGUCAUCUUUUAUGAAUAUGUGGAUGGAUUCUGAUUUGAG